UGAGUCCGAGUCUUUUCCUGCUUCUUUCUGGUCAUUGCUCCCUCAUCAAGGAAAGAACUCUCCGGUGCUCUUCCUCGAACAUCGCCGGCUGUCCGUACGAAUCCCGUUAAAUUGUCGUCUUACCCAUUCCGAACUCCGGUACAAGCUCCUGCCGCAGCCGGAGAUACAUACGCGCAUUGUGUGUCUUCAUCUCAUAAUGCGCGAAUGGCUCAGUACAGGCAAUCCGGCGGCGUCAGUGGACCGCGAUACGUCGUCGCUACGGAUCACGUCUCAGUCGGCGUCCGUGGAGGUUCGAGGCACUUCUUCCACCGGCGGCCCAAGGCGCCGCCGGCUUAUAAGAUCUCCUUCGGAUUCUGCGUUUUGACACUCUCUCUCAUUCUGUCGAUCUCCGCUUUUUUCUAUUUCUCGUUGCAAGGUAAAGGAGGGGAAAUAAAUACACACCAAGUCCAGGAUGAUGACACGGGCAAUGAUUCGGACUUUCUCAUGGAUGUGACACGAAUACAACGACCCAAGGAGCUCAAAUUUGGCCAUGGAUCAACUGCACAUGGCCGGGAUUCACGGUACUGGGACAAGGAUGAUAGAAGAAGAGAUGAAGAUUAUACCGAGGAGGAAGUGGAUCGUGUUGAGGAUGGUUCUGUGGGUAAGGUUCAGACUCCAGUGGAAAAAAGUGAGAAAAAAUCUCAUGAUGACCAGUCUCAUAAAGUCUUAGCUCGCCAAGGAAAUGGCUUAUACAAUGAGGCUGGACGCAAUGAAUUAAAAAUGUAUGAAGCUGAAUAUGAGGCCUCUUUAAAGAGCAUUAGAGAGUCCACAGAUUUACACGAUAUUAGAAACCAGCACUCCGAGAAUACUGAUGGAAGGGAAGAUAGAGCACUAGAUGAUUCCGAUGAAUAUGAUGAUGGUAUCGACUUACAGGAUGAUCAAAUGGAAGAAGAUGAUGAUGUUGGACAUGAUGACGAGCACCACUCUAGUGCCUCUAAGCCCCAUAUUUUUGACACUGAGGAGGCUUCUCAUGUGCAUCGUGCUAGAAACAAGAAGCAAAACUUUGAUGACAAGGCUGAUAAAGCUUCCACUGGUUUUUACAGCACAGAAUCUCUUGUAGACUCCCAGCAUAAUAAGAUAAAUGAAAAUUCUGCACAUGCCAGUUCCAUCGAAGAUCAGCCUGUCCGUAGGCUAAUUCCUGAAAAGCACACAAUUUCAAAAAAGAAAUCUAGACGUCGAAAAUUUUCUGGUUCUUGUGAGAUGAAAAUUUUGAAUUCCACUGCACUACUCAUAGAGCCUUUAGAAAGUCGAAAAUUUGUGAGAUUUUCCUUGCAAUAUACCGAGACAGAAGAGAAGCCCAUGGGAGAUGAGAAAUGGGAACCUAGAUUUGCUGGUCAUCAGAGUCUCAGAGAAAGGGAAGAGUCUUUCAUUGCACGUGACCAGAAAAUUAACUGUGGCUUUGUGAAAGGUCCUAAAGGGUCACCUAGUACAGGAUUUGACCUAGCUGAAGAUGAUGCGAAAUACAUUAGUAGUUGCCACAUUGCUGUUAUCUCGUGCAUCUUUGGUAACUCUGAUCGCUUAAGAUCACCAAUUAGCAAAGCGGUCUCUCGAUUCUCGAGGAAAAAUGUAUGCUUUGUCAUGUUCGUGGAUGAAGUAACUUUACGAACUCUUUCAUCAGAAGGCCAAAUGCCUGAUAUGAUGGGCUAUAUUGGAUUGUGGAAGAUUGUGGUGGUGAAGAACCUCCCUUACACUGAUAUGCGGAGAGUAGGGAAGAUACCCAAAUUUUUGCCACACCGACUCUUUCCUUCAGCCAGGUACACAAUUUGGUUGGAUAGCAAACUUCGUCUCCAACUUGAUCCGUUGCUUAUCUUGGAAUAUUUUCUAUGGAGAAAAGGUUAUGAAUAUGCAAUUUCAAAUCAUUAUGAUCGCCAUUGUUUGUGGGAAGAGGUUGCCCAGAAUAAGAAGCUCAACAAGUACAAUCAUAGCGUUAUAGAUGAUCAGUUUGCAUUUUAUCAAGCAGAUGGGAUGAGAAGAUUUAAUGCAUCAGAUCCUAGCAAGCUUCUGCCCAGCAAUGUACCUGAAGGGUCUUUCAUUGUCAGGGCUCAUACUCCAAUGUCAAACUUGUUUUCUUGCCUUUGGUUUAACGAGGUUGACCGAUUUACUCCUCGUGACCAGCUAAGUUUUGCCUACACAUAUCACAAAUUGAGAAGGACAAAUCCCGAGAAACCCUUUCAUCUCAAUAUGUUCAAGGACUGUGAGAGGCGAAAAAUUGCUAAAUUGUACCACCACAGGUCUGAGGGGAGGAGGAAUGUUCCCCAACACGAGACAGAGUAGUUGUCUACAGUGCCUUCACCUGAAAACCUGGUGUGUCUACUGAGUAAUUUGUCCUUCCAGCGUAAUAUACAUUGUGAAGAGUUGUGGUGACUCUGGUAGCAUACGGUGUAAAUUUGCAACUGCUGUGAGGAGCAGUGAGAGUCCAUUGCUUCGGUUGACACAAUACGAGCAGGGAAGGUCAAUCUUGCUGGUGCCGCUUGAAAGAUAGAACAAAAACACAGACAGGGUUCUGGACCCUCAAUUCAAUUCAUUGAGUUUCUUACGAACAUUGAAUGUAUAAUGAAGCACCCAAUAUCGUUGUACCAAAUAUUAAUUGUGAUAUCAACUGGUGAGCGAUUGCUAGAGUAUGUAUUCUUGUUAUCUUUUAGGUGACAAAUUUUGAUGGGUUAAUUUAACCCCCUUUCUACCAUUUUCCUCGAUUACAUAUAUAAUUUA